UUAUAAAUAAAGCUGUGUUUUUCAACAUUCUCUUUGAACAGAUCGAAAGACGAGCAGCUGUACUUCAGUUUAAAGAUAUGGCUGAUAGAAACUCUGAGGAAUGCCUUUUUCAUGGGGACCGCGUUCAGUUCCACGCUUUAACGAGAGGUCUGAAGGAAAACCGAGUAAUUCCGAAAACGUACCUUACAAGGCUGGCAUCUGCUGUCUGUUCAUGCAGGAGACACAAAACCAACACUUCUCAGUUGAUGACGAUGGAUGACUUACGUCACGUGAUGGAGCAUCUUGAAGAGGUAGAAUUACCAAAAAUGACUCUUGCUCUCAGAAAUUGUCUUCGUGGUAUUAUCAAAGAGACUCAUUCUCUAGAGCAGUAUGGAAAGACAAAAUUAUUGUACAUCGUCUACAACGCACUGGUUAACAGCUCCUUUGAUGAACUGACGUAUAACUCCAUUAACUCGCGACCAAAACCGAUGCCAACUACCACCGAUGUUCAAAAACAGAGAAUGACGAAAGAGCAAUUUGUGUGUAUGAAGAAUAAAAGAUUAAGUAGAAAAGAACUUGUGAGGCAGAUCAAUCUUCCAAUGUUUGGGAGAAAUAUAAAGAAAUUUACAGAAUCCGCCGAAUAUAAAUGUGUGAAGCAAGAUUAUGACAAUGUUAAAUUAUUCGUUUGGUUUUGUGAUAAAGAAAAUACUGAUUUCAUUAACUCUAACCAGAAAAAGACUGCAGUGAAAUUAUAUAUGAAGGACUUGAGAGAAUUUGAGGCUGUGAAGUACAAACUAGUUCAGAUUGCAGAAAAAAUCCAGACAUUACAAGAUACACAAAGGGAAGCCAGAAAGUCUGCUCGCCGUGCGUAUAGGUAUUACCAUGAUCCGACUGAUUUCGAACCAGAUUUCAGGUCCAUCACUGACAUUGCUCUCCAAGUUAAGGAAUCUUCAGAAUCGGAAUACAAGAAGAAGACAAUUAAAAAAAAGGCCAAGAAAUCAUCCAUCUUGACUGGUGGUCACUGCAUGAAUUGUUUGGCUCCUUUUGUUGACAUACAUACGAGCGACAGGGAGUGUAGGCAUCAUCCUGGAUACAUAAUGAACCCUAAACUGGUAUGGUCGUGCUGUAGGCGAAGGUGUGGCGAACAAAAAGCUGACCACACAAUGCACAAAAGGACUGGGUGCAGCACAACACAGCACAACUGGAGGCCCCAUAAGAAACACCAAGCUAAAGUUGUCAAAGAUCUGUUUGAUGAGAGUGACUGAUUAUAUGGAAAGAAAAAAACAAACACAGAAAAAACAUUAAUGUUUUAAGUUGUAUUUUGAUUUUAAUAUAUUAGGCGAAACCUCUAGCGCUUGUUUUUUUAAUCGUAUUUUAGUUUUUGUUUUACAAUACAAUGCACUAGUUGAAAACUUCCGUUUUUUAAAAAUUGUUUCAAAAGUAUGAUAAAUAAGAACGACGCGUUUUUGGUGUGGAUUACAGUGUUUUUCAAGUGUUCUUUGUGCUGACGGAAGUUAUCGGUUAUGUUCAAUAUGUAUAUUUAAAAAAAUGUUUUAAAUUUGCUCUAAAUGACUUAUUAGCCAGCUGCAGCUAGGUAUCCUAUUGCUAAUUUAUUGGAUUGUUUAGCUAAAAGAGCAUUCUACUACUUAAAGUUCUCCAGUUUCCUCCCACAGAAAUGACCCCUCGCUCCAACUUCCGUGCGAUAAAGGACCCCAUUAGAAAUAAGCUUUCGAUUUUUCAUGGACUCUCCUUUGUAUCAUGUAUAUAUUUAAUAUUAUAUGUCAAAUAAACUUUUUUUAAUUUUA